AUGAAUAAUCAUUCAAAUGAAGGAACAUCCAGAAAACGUCGAAAUCGAACAUCAUCAGAAGGUGUGGCUGCCAAGAAAAAUCGACAAUCUACAGAAAAACCCAAAAAAGCGCCGCAAAAAAUCGGAAAACGCGAGUUGAAGAAGCCGAAGAAGAAAACCAAAAGGUCUAGGAGAAAGACGACUGGAAAACGUCAGAAAAUUUGCCAAAUUUUCGAAAAAGCUUUGACCGAUUCGCCAACUCUUCCACCAAUUUAUCAUCUUUUCAAAACUCUUGAUCCAAGUGGUACGCCAAGAGCUUCGCUAGUUGAACUUAUUCGAACUCUUCAGAUUUCGACAAUUGUCAAAGAUGUAGGUUUUUUGAAGUUGGAAUUAAAUUCAAAAGAAAAAGUAUUUUUCCUUGUUUAGAUUCAUUUCAUAACUCAAGAUGCUUGGAAAUCAAUAACUAAUAUAACAACAAUGUUUGCGAUAGAAGAAGAUGAACCAGGACAUGGAUUAUUUCUGAAAUAUCGGCCGAUUUACAAUCCAAAGAAAUGUACAGUUUAUAUCGAUAAUUUGCCAGAUGGCUGUAAAAAAGAAAAACUUCAAAGAUUAGCAUCUUGUUAUGGAAAUGUUGCGGAUAUUACAAUUAGUCGAAAAGGUCCAAGAAUUGUAAAAGGCGCGAAAAAACCAAUCAAUGUUGGAUCACGUGAGAAAAGUUUCGGUUUUAUACGAUUUGUUGAUGAAGAAUCAGCAAAAUCAAUGAUUGAGGUGAUUUUUUAUUUAUUUUUUUUACGUAUUUUGAUUAAAAUUUUUUUGAAUUUCAGAAAUUUCGAUUAAAUGAUCCUUCUGAAUUGAUUGAUGAAAAUGGAGUUAGGAAACAAGGAUUUUAUGAUUUAUACGCUAUCAAAUUAUUGAGAGAAAUACGAUUGUGAGGAAUAUUUUUUGAGAGAAAUUUAUUUUACCAUUGUUUUUUGCAGCUUGAGAUUACGAAGACGCCGUCGAACUCUUCCACAGAUUUUCCGAUUAGCGAGAUUGCGAUCAAAGUUGCAAGCUUUGAGAAAUUUGAAUAUUGCGUGUAGAAAGAAGAAACAUGGUGAGAAAAUGGGAAAUUUCACACGCUUUUACAGAACAAAUAAAUUUUAACGAAAUCCUAAUAUACAGGUAUAGGCAGAGCGCAGAGAAACGCAUCUUUCGUGUAUAUAUCUGUUGUCUACCCAUGCAUGUAUGCAUGUAUAUUAGGCUCCGCCCAUUUUCGUUAAAAUUUAUUUGUUAUUUAACUUUUACUGAAAUUUCGAGUUUUUCAACAGGAAUUUUGAAAACAUUUGAUGAAUUUUCCAUUUAGGAGCUCAAUUUUGAUACGAAAAAAUUUUCAAAAAUUUUUACAGGUUCGCUGCGUCGCAACACUUGGAAACGUAAUCAUCAAAACAAUCAUCGCGACAAAUAUCUUCCCGAUCCAACACCAUCCACAUCAUCUGCCGCCCCACUCCCAGUGACACCCAGAAAACCUGCCAAAUUGAAUCCUCCACUACCAGAUCUAACACCUUCGCCUUCAACUUCGAAAAACAAAUCAGCUGCCAGAAAAUUGCCUGAGGACAAGGAUAAGAAAAAGAAAAAUGGUGUGGAAACACCAAAAAAGAAGAACGGUUUGGUGGGAAAUAAUAAUAAGAAAAAGAGGAAGAAGAGACGAAAAUUGAAGUAUGGUUCGAGAAAAUUGCCAAAUUAUAUACCGGGUCGAAGUGUUCAACAGUAUUUUGAACGGGUUCAAUGUUUUUCUAUGUGAGUUUUUGGAAUUGCAAGAUUUUCUGGGAAAAAACUGGCUUUUCAGAAAAAUAAAAUUUAAAUUUCUUUCCUCAAAAUUUGAACCAUUUUUUUCAUAAUUCAAAAAUCUGAAACACCCGAAAAAUAUCAUUUUUCAAAUCCUAUAAAAAUUACUCCCCAUUUUUUCUAAUCAAAUAUUUUUUUUCAGGGAACGAUACGAAGAAUUGAAGGCGGAAUAUCUGAAUUUGUUAUCCGAGGAAAAAUCAAAAAACGAAGAAAAUAAAAAUAAUAAAAAUUAA